AUGCCACUAUAUGAUUUACCAAAAAUAUUUUUACCAACUACAAUUGAUAUUGAACAGUUAAGUUCACAAGUACGUGAAUUACUUUCUUCAUACAGUAUUGGUCAACGUGAAGCUGUUCUUAAUCUUUCUCAAGGUACAGUUAGUGAAAUACUAUCAAAACCUCGACCAUGGCAUGCAUUAAGUGUCAAAGGUCGUGAACCAUAUAUACGUAUGUAUAGUUGGUUUUGUGAUACCGACAAUGUACAAAAAUUACUUGCUUGGAAACAAGAACGAGAUAUUCUACGUCGUAGUAUUCGUCCUUCAACAAAAUCACAGAAUCAUGAUACAGAAAGUAACAAUAAUCCUACUUUAAAACGUCGAUAUAUAUUUACAGAAGAUCAACGUCGUAGAUUAAAACAAAUAUUCGAAAGUGAACCUUAUCCAAGUCAAGCAAAAUUAGAACAACUCGUUGAUGAAUUAUCCUUGCCAAUGAACAAAAUAUCGAAUUGGUUUCAUAAUGCCCGAAUGAGAACUAAACCUAAUACGUAUACGAAAGAUACAAAUAAAAUAUCUUUGACGCCUUUAACUGAUAAUAAUGAUGACGAUGAUGGUGAUAAUGAUGAAGAUGAGGACGAUGAUGAUGAUGAUGAUGAAGAUAAUACUUUACCAACAAUUGUACCCUUAAAUAAUUCAUGGUUUAAUACGACAAAUGAUUCAGAUAGUUCGACUAGUCCAAUUAGUUUAGCAACAGCAUCAGCAAAUAUUAUCUCUUUAAUCGACGAACAAAAGCCUACUCUCUCGAUAUCUACAUUUAGUUCAAGUAAACGAUUUCAUGAACUUGAUAAACGUUGUCGAGAUUUUGAAAAUGCAAAUAAUGAAUUAAAACAAUUGAAUAUUCAACUUGAAAAAGAUUCAUUAAGUGUUGGUGGUGUUACUGAAUUAUUUCGACGAGGACCUGAAGGACAAACAAGUGAUAGUAAUUCAAAUGAAACUAUAAUAAUUGAAGAUGUAUUAAAUCAAUCAUCGACAUCUCCAGCUUCAUUUAAGGGUUCAUUUUCACAUGUUUCAUCACGUGAUACAACAUCCGAUGAAGCAUUAACUGCUAUUGUUAUUAGUCAACGUGAACGAUUUCGUAUUCGCAAUGUUGAAUUAGAGAACGAAAAUGUUUCAUUAAAACAACAAACGAAUAUGUUUCAAAAUGAAAUGGAUAAACUUCGAUCGAACAAUAUAAAAUUAUAUGAAAAAAUUAAAUUCGUUCAGAAUUAUCCUACAACACGCGGAACAGAUGAUCCUAUUGAUCGGUAUUCACGUGGUUACGAUGCAUCAUUGGAUCCAUUUACUAAUUUUACGAAACAAGAAAAACAAAAGAAAUAUGAAUCACUUAAAAUUCAUGAAAAAUUUGCUUUAAACUUUGGUAAAUUUAUUCUCUCAUCACAUCAAAGUCGAACAUUUUUUGUCAUUUAUUUUAUUCUCGUUCAUAUUCUUAUCUUUCUUUCUCUUUAUAAAAUGGUUCAUGUUGGUUCAUCCGUACGUGAUAUGUCACAAGUUUGUUUUGAUAAAUUUCGAGAACAUAUGGCAGGUGUACAUGGAGAAAAGAAUUUUCAUUUUGAACAUGGCCAUGCUCAUGCUCCACCAGGUGUCGUUCCAGCUGCAGCACCACUACCUCAUCGAUAG